AUGAAGGAAGAAAUUGAUCUCUCAGCACUCCUGGACCUGACCCUUGGCCUUCCUGGAGCUAGGGUUAACCCUUGCCCAGAACCAGACCAACUUUCCACUGCCCUCACUUUGUGUGAUCCAACUUGGAAUUACGACACACACCAGAGAAAAGCAGAGGAAUAUUUAGACCCUGCUCCUCUCAGAUUUGCCCUUCCUAAUCCGGAACACGAGAAAAUGUCGGGUACGAAUGAUAUCAACAAGGAAUUAAAGAAGAAGAAGAGAAACCAAGCAGUGCCGGAUACGGUGAGUCUACAGCCUCGGGAUGAGGGGCCUUGGAAAAUCAGGAAGAAGCUGACAGCAAGCGACACUGGAAACUGCUCAAGGCUACUGAUGCCGAAAAAAUCGGUCAUCGACCAUGUUAUGUGUUACUUGGAUGACAAGUUUGCCAAAAGGGUCAUGAGCGGAGAGGGUAUAGGAGUUUUGGUUGUAGACUGCGACACAAACACCGGGCAUUACUUGAAUUUCAAGCUUUGGGGGUCAGCCGAGUUUUACAUUCUCAACGGAGAUUGGAGGCAAGAGUUUGUGCACAGGAGAGGCUUGAAGGAGAAGGAUAGAAUUGGGCUUUAUUGGGAUACCUCCAAAUCCAUGUUCAUGUUUUCUGUUCUUGAAAGGGCAAUCCAAUCCCAAUUCCCUGCUUGA